AUGGUUGUGUUCGACACAGUUUUGUUACCUCGUAGAAAUCCAUUUCCACCUGGCCCAAAAGGCUAUCCAAUAAUCGGUAACAUGAAACUAAAGAAUCAGUUGAAUCAUCGUGGUUUGGCCGAGCUAGCCAAACAAUACGGUGGUCUCUUUCACCUUCAGAUGGGUAGAAUUCAUAUUGUUGCUGCUUCAACAGCUGAGAUGGCCCGUGAAAUUCUUCAGGUUCAUGAUGUGGUUUUCGCAAACCGGCCAGCUAACGUGGCGAUUUCAUAUCUCACUUACAACCGGGCGGAUAUGGCGUUUGCGAAUUACGGUCCACUCUGGCGUCAAAUGAGAAAGGUUUGCGUUAUGAAGCUUUUCAGCAGAAAACGGGCCGAAUCAUGGGCCUCAGUUCGCGACGAAAUUAAUACGAUGGUUCAAACUCUAACUAAACAAACCGGUUCACCGGUUAACGUUGGCGAGCUUGUGUUCGCUUUAACGCGGAACAUAACGUACCGAGCCGCGUUUGGCUCCUUCGCUCGCGACGGUCAAGACGAAUUCGUCAAGAUUCUACAAGAGUUCUCUAAACUCUUUGGAGCGUUUGAUAUCACUGAAUUCUUACCGUGGAUGAAAUGGUUUAGUAACCGCGAUUUCACCAAGCGGUUGGAAAACGCUAGAGAAUCGCUAGAUGGGUUCAUAGACAUCAUCAUCGAUGCACAUAUCGAAAAGAAGAAUACAAGAAAACAAGACGAUGACGGCUUCGAGGAUGACAUGGUCGAUGAAUUAAUGGCGUUUUACAGCGGUGAGAAUGACGUCUUCAACGCCGCGGGGAUAUCUUUCGUUUGCACGAAGAUCCAAGCGUUCAUACCUUUCAUACACGGCUUCAGAGACUCCCAGUUGGUUCCUUCCAAGGCCUUGAAGACGAGUGUGUUCUUUGUGACGAGGAGCUUCGUGUUGCUGUUCUCGCGGAGGAUCGGAUUCCUCGGAGCUCUUGGAGCUGCUUAA